AUAGUGCGCGCACAUAGUACAUAGAAGACGCGCAUGUUAAAUGCACGAUCACAUCUGAGAGUCACAUGUGACCCGUUAUACUGGGCAAAAUCAGCGUUGGAAAGUGUUUCCUUGAAGUGAUACCAUGGCAAGUGACGAAGUAAACGAAGUGAAGAAGGAUGUGGAGUCCAGCGGCGAAGCAGAGAGUGUUGACACCAGCAAUCGGAAGAUUUAUUUUGGUAAUCUGCCAUUCUCUACGACAGCUGAGCAGCUUGAGCGCUGGGUGUUAGAGGGCAUCUCUAAGCCUGAGAGCAAAGACUUAAAGGCUGAGAUUGCAGUGGAUGGCAUUGGCCGAGCAAGGGGCUUUGGUUACGUCGAUGCCCCUGAAGACUUUAAGGAGGACAUCUUGAAAUUGCAUGGCGAGACACUUGAUGGAAGGAAACUGCGAGUUCAGAUUGCUCGUGACGCAAGUUCAAAAGCCAAAUGGAGUGGAGACAACAAAGGGGUGCAAUCUACCAGGCGACGGUUCCCACGCCCUAUCGCCAGUAAGCUUCUUGCCACACCCUCUCACACUUACACCCUGAUUGAUGUAGGAGCUAACUUGAUGCACAGGGCCUUCGGCCGCAGAGGCCUGCCAAGCCGCAGUCAGAAAAAUGCCGUGAAGAGAGCUCGGUCGAUGGGCGUGGAACAGAUCAUCAUCGCAGGUACGUCAGUUGCCUCAACAAGAAGUGCACAGGAACUGGCAGAGAGCUACUCAGGAACCUUGUUCUAUACAGCAGGUGUUCACCCUCACAGUGCCAAGAAUUGGGAUGAUACAAGCGAAGAGAAAUUAGAGAAGUUGGCUGCAGAUCCAGCGUGUGUGGCGAUUGGCGAGACUGGUCUAGAUUUCAAGCGUAACUUCUGUGAACCAGACAUUCAAGAGGAAGUAUUUGAGAAGCAGGUGCAACUUGCUUGUCGUCUCAAAAAGCCUUUGUUUAUACAUGAGAGAGAAGCGCACACAAAGCUAAUGGAAAUUCUGAUGAAAUACGAAGGGCAACUCCCACAAUGCAUUAUACACUGCUUCACUGGAACCGAGGAAGAACUGAAAACUUACAUUGAUAAAGGCUUCUGGAUCGGUUUGACAGGCUUUAUCUGUCAGAGUGAAAACAAAAUCCCGGAACUGCUCAAAGCAGGCACCCUCCCCUUGGACAGAGUGCUGCUAGAGAGCAACGCCCCCUUCAUGGAGCCCCGCCUACGUAGGGACCUGGAGGUCUGGGACUCGCUCAAGCAUGUCCUCGAGUGCCUUCCCUCCUUGGCAUCUUGGAGCCCCUUCCCACGGAAUGAGCCAGCCAAGCUGCCCAUAGUGUGUGAGAUUGUGGCCCACUAUCUGGGACUCGAACCCCACGAGGUCGCCGACAAAACCUCUCAAAACGCCCACAAGGUCUUUGGAAUCGAUAAAGAGUAGCGGCACAGGCUUUGUGGUUUUUUUUUACAUGUUGAAAGAAAUUUUGUUUGCAACUCAAGAUGAAAAUGUGAAAUGAUAAAGUCAGCUGAUAAAAUGUUUAUAUUUUGUUUGGCUAUUUCAUAAGAUAAAUAUACAGCUACAAGCAAUAUUAUGGUUCAUUUCCUGUUUGUUUUCCUUUAUAUUUUGAUGAAUGUUUUGUUUCAGAUUACUUCAUGACUCACUCUUUCUGUGGCUUAGCCAUACUUAAAACCUGUACAAUCGUCUUGGGCCUUCAACAGCCACCUUAAGGUUUGGGAUUGUUUUUAAUUGCAGGGGGUUGAACUGGGCAACAAACGGUGAAUUUGAUGCCUCGUGAAAGUGAGAAUGCAACAAAUGUGUCAUUGGAAUUCGGCACAGUAAAGGUUCUGUAGGAUAGAGGAAAAUUUCUACAAAUAAUGUGCCAGACAUCAAGGUUCGCAGGGGUAUUUUUUCCAUUCAUUUGAGUGCAUUAGCAAUUUAUGAUGAACUCAAUGAGUUUCAUUUCAGACUGCGUUCGGUCUGAGUUACUAUGCAUUAGAUCACAUCCAGAAGUACAUUAUGCAUUGUUCAACUAAAGCAAAGAUUACCCGUAGCAUGGGAAUGGGUGUGUUAUGAAGGAGGCUUUACUGAACUUAGACAUGACAACCAGGGUGUUUUGUGCCUCGACUUAAUACCUCAUCGGUGUCUUCUUUCUUUCUUUUCUUCUUGAUUGGGCUUAGCUAUCACUUUGCAAUAUGGAAGAAAAAGAAUAUUGCGUUUUCAGAAAUAUGAUCCUUUAGCUUUCAAUCUACUGUCCAAAUGGAGUCAAUUACAGCGCAAGUCCAAUAUUUCAAAACAGGAGUGGAAAAACAGUUCCGAAUCAUUAGUCAGGAUGCAAAUGAGAGUGACGAGUGAUUUACAGAUAAAUGCCUUGUUUUGGUUUAUUCAUGAAUUAGUUUUGUCUUGAAUUAGAGAUAGACUAAUGACAGCUUUUGAUGAGAAAACAAUUUAAUUACAUCAGACAAGACGGUAAGUGUUCAUUACAGAUGCAAAGAAACAGUCCUAGUUGUCACUUCUGCCUUGUAUCAAACUUGCCUUUUUGGUUUGGAUGUUCAUUAUAGUCGGGUUAGACUUUUACACUGUUUCGUUUACAUAGUUUUGCAAUAACAUCACUUUUUGCUCUCUGUUCGAUCAAAAUUCAGUUUAAAAUAAUAUGUUUGUUGUCCAUGGGAAAAUGUAAGAUUCUUGUGCAACCUUAAACAUUAUUUAUAAAUAGAAGCUCCCUAAGGGUUUUGUUUGUUUUUUGUGUUUUAUAUGGUCGCAAAUUUCACCUUGUUUAUGUGUCUUUUUUCCUUCGUUUUAUCCAGAUUUUGAAUGUGUUUUGAGCACAUUAAACAUUUUCACAUAAACAUGCAGCUGAUGUAGUCAUUUAGUUACUGUUGUGCGCUUUUAUUUGUUCAUUAAAAUUUGUUUUACUUCUACGCAAAUUUUACGUUUCUAUCAGGUAAGGGAUGACGAAGGUUUUGUUCCAUUGUGUAUUUAGAUUCUACGCUUCAAGUGUGUAUGUUAUCGAGCAACCUCGUCCAAUUGGCCGCAUUAAUGGCUCACUGGCAAGUUUUACAUAUUUUUACACGUAUGUAUGGCCACAUAUGAAGCGAGAUAUGAGACGGAGAGGCCCCCCACCCCACUUUAUGUUGGUCAUUGUUUCAUUGGAAUCUAAGGAAUUCUUUUCAGACAUCUAGGGGAACGUGUUAAGUAACGAUACUCUGUAUAUGGCGAUUAGACAAAUUGGGGGGUACCCCUCAGUCUCAUUUCUUGCUGGAUAUACAUGGCCUCGUUGGGUGUUAUUUUGCACGCUUGGUUUCUGCGACUGUCGGAUGACCAUUUAAGCAUGGAACCGUUGACCUCAGGAGAUGACCUGAGAUGUUGCGUUCUUAAGAUGCAGCCAAUAAUCUAUUGUCUUCAGCUGUUUAUGGUUUACCAAGGAAGCUCCUAGGAAGUGUACAUGUGCAUUGCACUGCGUUCUGAGAUCAGAUGUACAUCUUCCAAUUAGAAGCAAACAGAUGGCUCUCUCUAAUACGUGCUCUUACAUUUAGAGCAUUUUGUGUCAACCAAUGCUUUCUUUUGUUUAGACCAGUUUUACUUAAUGUACAUGUAUUGGACAUGGUGCCAAAGUAAUGUAUUCUAUUACAGAACAAACAAUUCGAAUUUCGGUUUCAUCGUUUUUAUUGAUAUUUUUGGUUUCUGUUUGGUGUUUUUGUUUUGUUUAAGUGAGCAAUAGAUUUACUCAAACAUAUGAAAGAAACCCUUGUUCUCUGCAUUUAGAGAUCGUCUGUUGAACUCACCUGUGAAUCUUACAAACCAGUCCCCGAAAUUAAUGACAUCUUAGAAACUAAAAACUCCAUGUGGGAUUUGUAAAUCCAGUGUUAAUUUUACAGAGUAACUGUUUUGAGUAGAAGCAAAUUGAUUGUGUUUUAAGAUGAAUUAAAAACUGAAAGUGUACUGACUAGUUACUAUAACCAAUGAUUUAAGAAGAAAACAAGUUAUGCUGAAAGCCAUCAUUUUUCCUUGUUUGCAACUUGUUUAUUUAAUUUUGCGUAACAUUCGAUUCCUGUAACCAACUCAAGAAGACCGGAUUUUAUUCAACAGUUAUUUCGUCUACCAGUUGCGUUAGUUUAAAUUCUGAAUGGUGUUUGUAUCUGUGUUUUAUAUAACAUUUGACAACUUACUGAAGUUUCAUUAAAUAGAAUUUCGUAUUUUCAAUUUUGACAA